AUCGUAACUAAUAUUCUCCUUAGUGCAUGAUGGCCUAUUUAGUGGGAUCAGUAUCCGGCAGGCCGAUUCCAAUAACCAAGAACCCAUGUCUAUGGUCACAGCGGUUGUUGAGUUCACGUGCUUCAACAAGCAUUAGGAACAACAAUAUUGCACCAGUGGUACAAAGUAUUUGCGGACAUGGUUCCUCUUCUAUUCACACCUUUAAGGCGAAGGCCAUGAUUAGGGAAGAACCCGAACGACGAUUCCCACCCCAGCACCAGCAUGGUCAACCCGGAAAAGAGUACCUCAUGGAUCCUCGGCCAAUAUUCAGCAAUCCUGAUUACAAGCCCACUAACAAACUCAAAGGAAAGGUUGCUUUGGUGACAGGAGGCGAUUCGGGUAUUGGGAGGUCUGUUUGCUACUUCUUUGCUAAGGAGGGUGCAACUGUAGCAUUCACUUAUGUUAAAGGUGUCGAAGACAUAGAUGCAAAGUACACCUUAGAGAUUAUAAAUGAUGCAAAAAUGAGUGACGCAGGUGAUCCAAUUGCAAUACCUACCGAUGUUAGGUAUGAUAAGCGUUGUAAGAAAGUUGUGGAUGAGGUCGUUGCUAAAUAUGGACGUAUUGAUGUCCUGGUGAACAAUGCAGCCGUGCAGUAUAAUGCCUAUACAUUAGACGAUAUCACUGAAGAGAGGCUUGAAAGGAUAUUUAGAACUAAUAUAUUCUCCCAUUUCUUCAUGACAAGGCAUGCUGUGAAGCACAUGAAACCAGGAAGCAGCAUCAUAAACACCACUUCAGUGUUAGGAUUCUCAGGCAGCCCAAAGUUUAUUGACUACGCUUCAACAAAGGGGGCUAUUGUGAACUUCACCAAGAGUCUAGCAAUAUUCCUGAUUGACAAGAAGAUUCGUGUUAAUGGUGUGGCCCCCGGCCCUAUUUGGACCCCACUUGAAGCUGCAGCACUUGAUGACGAAGACAUAGCAAGUUUGGGGUCUCAGGCGCCAAUGAAUAGGGCAGGUCAACCUUUUGAAGUUGGUUUAACAUAUGUGUUCCUCGCAUCCAACGAUGCAUCCUACUAUACUGGCACAUUUCUUCAUCCUGAUGGUGGAUUACUCGACAAUAAUGCUAUUCCUAGAGUCAACAACAACCAGAAUACAGAAAACCCAUAACAAAAAUAGGAUGAUGGGAGGUUCUGAUGUACAAUGGAGUGAAGCAUACUAUAAUCUGCG